AAAAGUUCCGUUCUCUUGGUUCUGACUCGCGCGAUACUAGUUGCGAGCAACAUGUAGUGGAAGUUAUGGUGCCAAGUAAUGCGGAUGAACACAAAAAAUAAACUCAAAUCAAAGCGCAUAUGAAGGCGUGGGCGGCUUAUUUGACUAAAGAUGGAGAUGUUCAGAGACGAGACGGAAUUUACGGAUAUGGACAUGCUCCAAAAGGUUGUGGAUAUGUUUGAGAGGCGUCCUCGCCUCCAAAGGAUAGUGAAGUUUGGCCUUCUCGGUCUGGAAUACCAACAUGAGGCAGAUGAUACGGGUGAGGAGGAUUAUGAAAUUGAUAACCACUUCUGUGGAUACCCGAGGCUCCCUGAGGACCUGAGCAGUGGCAGAAGAUUCGGAGGGAACCCUUCAGGGUCAUCCCGCGCUGUUUAUCAGCCUCCAAACCCUUAUUACUCUUCAGCGGGUGUAAAUGUUCAGGCGAAAGAGAGCGACGCCGAAAGAAAUGCCCGGUUAUUAGAAGAAAUGGAAAAAGGCAAAGAAAAGGCUGAGAAGAAGCAGAUGAAGAAACAGAAUCAGAAGAGAAAAAAACAGCUUGAGAAGGAAAAACAGAACCCCGUAAAAAACGAAGAGGAAAAGAAGGAUUUACAGCAAUCUAAGGUAGAGGAUAGUAAACCGGUUGAUGAGAAAUCCAAAAACGAUACAAGUCUCUGUGUGAAAAAGUCGACGUCAGCUAAAGAUACAGGCAGCAGCGAGCAAGAAUCCAGCGAUGAAGACAGCGACGCCGAGAGUGACUCCUUUGAAUCUGAGGGACUGGAUAUGACAAGUACCUUUGUGACUAAAGCUGCUCUCAUAGCCAAGCGUAAAUUGGAACAGAAGCCCAAGCCUGAAUGCAAGGAGAAAAAGAAGAGCCCGGUUAAAGAAUGUAAAACAGUCCCAGACAAACCUAACGAAGAACCAGAGCUUGAGAAGAAGGAUUCUGCCGCCCCUAGUGUCCCCACCUUUGAAGAUAAUAGAAAAAUUUGUACUGAGCUCGCGGUUAUUGGAAAUAGAUUUGCAAGUUCUGGAGAUUUUAAUAUGGCGGUGAAAUACUUCACUGAUGCAAUUAAGUACAACCCGACAGAGUUUAAGUUGUUCGGCAAUCGUUCCUUCUGUUUUGAGAAGAUGCAGGAAUAUGAGAAGGCGCUGACUGAUGCGGAGUUGUGUGUCAAUAUGUGUCCAGGCUGGGUUAAAGGCCUGUUUAGAAAGGGCAGAGCUCUGGCCGGUCUAAAGAGGUACGAGGAGGCAGCCCAGUCCUUCAGUGAAGUUCUCAAACUGGACGGUUCUUACUCAGAAGCCGCUCAGGAACUAAUGCGAGUGCAGAUAACGCAACUAAUGGGGUACGGUUUCACCCGGGAGCAGAGCUCAAACGCUUUAAUUAUUCACGGAACAGUCGCAAAAGCACUGGAGGUGUUGUCCAAAUUACACCACCGUCCAGGAGCUUUUCAGAACGCCACUCUACCACCAGCUCACGUCGUGAACGUCAGCGGAGUGUCUCCAGUCCUUUCAGCCAACACAAACCCUGCUGCUGCUGCUCCUCAGUCCCAGGACGCUGCACACGCAUCACUUAGAAACCAAACCUUAGGCCCAGCUCAGAAUAUGUCAAGCGUCCAGAGUCAACACAGGCCCACUCCUGAUCAGGCCAUGAAGGUCAGCCCUGAAAACAGUCAACCGCCACUGGAGCUGUUUCCAGUUUGGGUCGGCAACUUGCUUUACCCGGUACCCGAGGCUGUGAUAACCGACCUGUUUAGCGAGGCUGGAGUUGUCUAUAGUGUGAAGGUUCUGGCCUACAAACGUUGUGCCUUCGUUAACUUUACGAAACAAGAAUAUUGUGAUGAAGCAAUCAGACGCUUUCACGGCUUUGAGCUGAACGGUAUGAAGAUCGCCGUGAGAUACCCCGACAGGAUUCCAAGAAACAUGGGCAUUGCGAGAUCUGCCCUCAAAGCUGAGGACCUGCAUUUCGAAAAUGUGCGGCAGUAUACAUUUGGAAGCCGAAGAGCCGUUCACCCACACAGACUCGGCUCCGACCACAGAGUGGACUACAACUACUGAAGGGAAGCGCGACGCCUCCGAUCUUCCCCGACUCUUAACAUCUCCCAAUGAAAACGGAAACUCUUGUUCUGUCCCGACUUUUAAGACUUUAUUUGUCUUUAGUGGACUCCACUUUAUCGAAAAAAUAUGAUCAUCUUCUAUGUUUUUAUGACCAAAAGUAACAAUUUAAGUGGGUAUGAACAGAAGCCUAAACAGUAUAGUGGACGAAUUUUGAAUCUUUUUUUAACAUUUUUUAUGAAAAUCUAAAGUGCAAAAAUAAUUGUUUUCAAUGAAUGUUGGAAAAAUUUUGUUUCGUUCUUGUGUAAUCAGAGUUUUCAGCGAUGCUGAAAUGAUUAUUGGUGUAAUUAUAAGUGAUGCUGACCCUAUUUACAUAUUGUGAACUUUACAAAAAGGUAUUACAGUGACUCACAAUUACAACCUGUAUCUAAAUGAUCUAUAUUCAGUAUCUUUUAUUAUUCACUAAUCCAUGUUUUAAAAAAAAAAGAAGACGACAAAUCAGUAAUUAUCUAUAAUUCAUCAGCCUUAUUUUGGGGUCAUUCAUAAAAUGACUUUAAGAUUACAGUAUACAAGGCGACAUAUAUUAUGUUCUUUAUUCAGAUGCCUCGUUGAUUAUGCAGUUUGUUUUCUUAAUACAAGAAUUAAAGAUUCUUUCAUA